AUGACUUCUGAUUAUAGUAACAAGUCUAACCAAAGUAAUGGUGAUAACAACCUGCAUGCUAACAAUGACAAUUUAUCAGACGUAAUCACAAAGAAGCUGGAGGAGCUGUUUGAUGAAGCUAUUGUGUCCAAAUGUAAAGACGAAGAUGUUACAUAUAAAGAAGCCAUCCAAGACUUACUUUCAAAAGAGGCAGAUUCGCCAAUUUACACAAAACUGGGUCUCAAUUAUGGUAAAGCCAUUCGCUUUAGAAACGAGUUUUCCAAAUUGUUCUCGCCAACAACAUUAACAUUGGCCAAAGGCAAAAACAAACGUUCGAUGGGAAAAUUGGAGUCAUGCACGCCAGAGAUGAAACGACUCUACCUUCAAAAACGUAAAAGAGUUGUCACUUUAACAAAGACGCACUGGAAAAAUGAUUUUCCCAAGUUUCACACACCAGAAAGCAAGGCGGAACUGCUCGAGUUUGCAGAAUCCAUUGAACAGGAUUGUGCCAUACCUGGCAUAGGUUUUGGUAUUGAUGGAAUAUGUGAUCACAUAAGAUCAUACUUUAGUGAGCAAAGGAGAUACAGUAAGUUCAGAAGAUCAUCUGAAGAAUCAAGUGAUUCAUCAUCAGGCAAUGGGGACACCCCUCCAGAGCCAAGAAUGACCAUGGUAUGUGUUGCUGUGCCAGGUUUAUCCAUGAUUAUUCAUUCUUUACAUUGA